CGCUGCUCCCAGCUCCAUCCCAGCUCCCGGCCCCUUCAUGCGCGGCGACCGGCAUGCCCGUUUUGUAGCCGGGGGCCCCUCCUCUCGUCCCGCAUGUUCAGGACCAAACGCUCGGUGCUCGUCCGGCGGCUUUGGCGGAGCCGCGCGCCCGGCGGCGAGGAGGAGGAGGAGGAGGCGGCGGCGGGAGGAGGGAGAGGAGGAGGAGGAGGAGGUGAUCCCGGCGAGGCGGACGCGGCUCAUGUGUGCGGGGCCGGGCGCGGGUGCUGCCCGGGCAAAGGCGGCCGAGCCGGGAGGGCUCCGGCGGGGGCGGAGGCUGAACUGAAGGCGCUGACCCACGCCGUGCUCAAGCGAUUGAAGGAGCGGCAGCUGGAGGGGCUGCUGCACGCCGUGGAGUCCCGCGGCGGGGCGAGGACCCCCUGCCUGCUGCUGCCCGCUAAAGCCGAUUCCCGGCUGGGGCAGCACUGGUACCCGCUGCCCGUGCUGCUCUGCAAGGUGUUCCGCUGGCCCGACCUCCGGCACUGCUCCCAGGUGAAGCGCCUGUGUGGCUGUGAAUCCUACGGCAAGGCUCACCCCGAGCUCGUCUGCUGCAACCCGCACCACCUCAGCCGGCUCUGCGAGCUAGAGUCUCCCCCUCCACCCUACUCCAGAUAUCCAAUGGAUUUUCUCAAACCAACUGCAGAUUGUCCAGACUCUGUGCCUUCCUCCACUGAAACAGGGGGAACUAAUUAUCUAGCCCCUGGGGGGCUUUCAGAUUCCCAAGUUCUUCAGGAGCCGGGGCAUCGGUCACACUGGUGCGUGGUGGCAUACUGGGAAGAGAAAACGCGUGUGGGUCGGCUGUACUCUGUCCAAGAGCCCUCCCUGGAUAUCUUCUAUGAUCUACCUCAGGGGAAUGGUUUCUGCCUCGGACAGCUCAACUCGGACAACAAAAGCCAACUGGUGCAGAAGGUCCGCAGCAAGAUCGGCUAUGGCAUCCAGCUUACCAAGGAAGUGGACGGCGUGUGGGUGUACAACCGCAGCAGUUACCCCAUCUUCAUCAAGUCGGCCACACUGGACAACCCUGACUCCAGGACGUUGCUGGUUCACAAAGUGUUCCCAGGUUUUUCCAUCAAGGCUUUUGACUACGAGAAGGCGUACAGCUUGCAGAGACCCAACGACCAUGAGUUCAUGCAGCAACCAUGGACCGGAUUUACUGUUCAGAUCAGCUUUGUGAAAGGCUGGGGCCAGUGCUACACGAGACAGUUCAUCAGCAGUUGCCCAUGCUGGUUGGAGGUUAUUUUUAAUAACCGAUGACUCGAGACAGAGUGAACUCCUGACAUCGUUACUACUUUGCUGCUAUUAUUUCCUUCUGAGUGCUUGCUUUUCAUGCAGACUUUUUGUUUUUGUUUUAUUUUGUUUGUGGUUUUUUUUGUUCCACCCAUCUUGAGAAAUAGCUUAUGAAAAGAUUUUUUUUGCCUUGGGUAUUUUGAUAAAUACAUAUAUUUUUAAAAUGUGUGAAUGACCAAUAAUAACUGAGAAGGGGAAGUGAAGGGUUCAAGGGGAUAGAUCUCAUACGAUAAUUACUUUGUGACUCUGAAAGGAUUAUCCUAUGUGAUCAACUAAUUCAGAAGCCACUUCCUUUAUGUUACAACUCCUUCUCUUGGAUGAAACAACAAGAUACCUGUAUUUUUUAUGCGUCACCUUUUUCUUGCCGCCAGCCAUCCCCAGUGAUGGUGACACCAAGACCCUUUCCCCAGCGGUGCUAACCUCAUGUUGCCGCCGAAGGAUGGUGCAAAACCUUCCCAACUGGGUCUUUACCCACCCUUUUGAUUUCUAUUUCAUUUCUCUUGUUGCUGGGUUCACGUUUUGUCACUGUAUUCAUCCUUCCACCGCUUCUUUUUUUGUCAUCGUGGAUUGAUGCAAGAGGACGAAGCAGCAGCGGAGAAACGUUGUGCGUGGCCCACGCUUUAUAAUUUGAGCUGAGAUGUGAAGCAACGGAAGCGUAAGCGUAAAACGAAACAAAACCAACAAAACAAUUUAAGAAACUUAGGGGAAAACAAAAGAAAAAGUGUUCAUGAUAGUUGGUCUGUUGUAACCUGCUUCAAUCAGGUUAUCCUGGUACCAUCCUAUCUGGAGAUGCAGUUGUGCUUUCAUUUCUUCUUGAAUUCAUACACGAGUAUGAUACUUUUACACUGUUCUUAGCUCAAUGAGCAUGUUUAGACCUUAACAUAAGCUAUUUUUCUAAAUAUAAAGGUUUAAAUGAACAAGAGAGCAUUCUCAUUGGAACUUUAGCAUUGUAUUGUAGUGCUUUGGGAAUAAAACACACACACAAAAAAAGACUCCUUAAAAAAACCCUGAGAUUUAUUAAAGAAAAAAGUGUAUUUUAUGUUAUAUAUAAAUAUAUUAUUACUUGUAAAUAUAAAGACGUUUUAUAAGCAUCAUUAUUUAUGUAUUGUGCAAUGUGUAUAAACGAGAAAAAAUAAGAAAGAUGCACUUUGCUUUAAUAUAAAUGCAAAUAACAAAUGCCAAAUUAAAAAAAAAAACAAACAAAACAAAAAACAACACGAGGUUGGUGGUUUUUUC